GUUAAACAGAACAGAGCUUCAUCACUGAUAGCGGUGAUGAUGAUGAUGAUGGCGGCGUUGAUGGAAUUCAUAUAUGUUGUGUAUUGAGUCUACAGUGACGUAGCAACAGCGUCUACGUCACAGGCGCGGCGCGCGCUUAAAGAAGAGUCUCGGUGUCUCUGACUCUAAGUAUUGAUUUGGUUUUACAGCAGUGAAGUCAGUAAAUUGAUGUAGGACCGAAUUCUCUAUAAUGCCCUUUAUAUUAAGCAAUUUUCCGAGUUUAGGGUUAAAAAUGAAAGACUUCUCACUGCGCCACCUGCUGUGUGCGGGUGUAGCUGCAGUCACGGCUGCUAUAUUUUAUCGUUACAUAAAGAGGAGAAGAGCUGCGGAGAAAAAAGCGAAACCCACUGAACCUAAACACGAAGUCUCUGAGACACAGACUGUCUGCACUGUUCCUGAGAAAAUUAUUCCAGAUGUUGAGAACAACCAAGAGAUCUCCAGCCUGAAAGGAACAGAGAGCUCUGACCUGGAGGACAUAGAAAUCACAGACAGCCCACACCUGGAGAACACAGAGUCGACCAGCCAGGAGAACACAGAGAGCUCUGACCUGGAGGACAUAGAAAUCACAGACAGCCCACACCUGGAGAACACAGAGUCGACCAGCCAGGAGAACACAGAGAGCUCUGACCUGGAUGACAUAGAAAUCAUAGAAAUUCCACACCUGGAGAACACAGAGUCCACCAGCCAGGAGAACACAGAGAGCUCUGACCUGGAUGACAUAGAAAUCAUAGAAAUUUCACACCUGGAGAACACAGAGAGCCCUGACCUGGAUGACAUAGAAAUCAUAGAAAUUCCACACCUGGAGAACACAGAGAGCUUUUACCUGGAUGACACAGAAAUCAUAGAAAGCCCACACCUGGAGAACACAGAGAGCUCUGACCUGGAUGACACAGAAAUCAUAGAAAGCCCACACCUGGAGAACUCAGAGAGCAUUGACGUGCAGUUCAUCUUGAGCCUGGAUGAUAUAGAGAGCUAUAACCUCGACAUAGACGGCUCCAAUCUGGAGGACAGAGUGAGGGAGCUAGAGGAUAAACUCUGUAAAGCAUACCAAGUGUUAGAGAAAACAAUUAAGGACAAAGAGGAAGAGUGUAACUCUCACAGACUCCUGAAAGCUCAGUGCAGCAAGAUGGAAGAAGAGCACCAGGAGUUACUGAAGGAGUGUGAACGACAGCAGGAAGCUCACACAGCCCAGAACUUACAGUAUCAGAUGACUUUAAGAGACACAGAGGAAUCGCAAAAGGUCGCUCAGGCUGAAGCUGAGAAGAAAUUUGAGCAGAUAAUGGAAUCCAAUGUUCAACUAGAGAAUGAGAAUUCAGACCUGAAGACCAACAUAGACAAGCUGGAAGGUCGAGUCUGGCAGCUGGAGGAACUGCUGUGUGAUGCAGAAAAGAUGUACAAUUCGAUUAAUCAGGAUUACGAGCAAAUGAGGAAGGCUUACAGCAACCUAAAGUCACAGCAUGAGGAGGUGCUGAUACAGCAUGAUGAGGCUCUAAAGGAGCGUGAGCAAGAGAGGGACACUUGCAGCAUCCUCCUUACACAGAGUAAUCAUUUAAAGGCCACUCUGUAUGAAACUGUGGAGAAAUAUGAGACGCAGAAGGAGUUAAAUGGUGAGCUAAGGGAUAAGAACUCUGAACUGCAGGACGAAGUGAACAAGCUCCAGUCCUCAGUGCGCUGGCUCAACGAAGAACUCUGUAAGGCUCAGGAGAACUUUGAAACGAUAACCAAGAAGCGUGAAGAAGAGCAGGAGGUUUACCGCAUGCUCCAGUCACAGAAUGAUGAGUUCAAGAAGCUGUUAAACCAUAAUGAGCAGCUGCUACAGGACACUCUAGCUGAAGCUGAGAACAAACUCAAGCAGAAGGUGGAAUCUGAUACUCAGCUGGAGACGAAGGAGUCAGAUCUGGAAGGCUUGGAGCCAGUGGAGACCAGUGAAGACAUGACUUCUGCAGGAUCUCAGAAAUCAUCAGGAAUGGGCUGGUUGUUUGGAUUUCGGUUUUAAAAGCCUGUAGUAACUCUAACAAAAAGGAUAUAUAUCACAUUUUCAUUCUCUUUAUUAAUAAAUCCAUGUUCUAAUAAACACUGAACUGUAGGAGUACACUUUAUAACACUUUAUUAACAGGCUUAUAAAACUUUAUAUACACGUUAUAACAAUUUAUAUACAUGUUAUAAUACUAUUUACAGGUUAUAAAACUUUAUAUACAUGCUUUGCUCAUCAGGGAUAAAUACACAUCGUUCA